AAAUACUUGGAUUAAUGGUGGAAUUAUCAAUCAGAGAACUUAUACUGAGAUGAACAACAGAAUACAGGAAAUUCUAAGUCUUUUUAUUGAAAAAGCUGAAGAACUAUCAGGUAGGCCUAACUUUUGUAUACAACCAUAACAUGCCCAAAUGUUUGCUGUUCAUUUUAUAUUGCAUUUUAUUAUUAUAAUUUGCUGUUCGGGUCAUGCAAGCAAAGAAGACAACUUUUUUUUUUUUUAAAUGACGGUUGAAAUCUUGAUCUUUGAGAACCAUUGUGUGCUGGAACAGUCGCUGUAUCAUAGCAAUCAUGUUCUUUUGUGUCCCAGUAUUAUAUAAGCAUUUAAUAUGUUGUCAUAUAUAGAAAUAUAUGCAGUUGUUUAAACGCACUCGUUGAUAUUUUUUCUCAUUAGUCCAUCGUUAUGUCUUUAGGAACUACGAGAUGUGAUUGCAAGAAUUUCACUAUUUCCCGUUGUUUGGUUGCAAGCUGCUUAAUAUUGCCCGAGUUGACAUUAGAAACUGUUCAUAUUGCCCAAUUUUUGUUUUCAAUCUGUUCAUCAGUGCCCCCAGUGUGAUUGAAACCUAUUCAAUAUUGACUUACUACGCGCAAAAACUACGUUAUUUAAGCUUGAGAUAUAAGCGUAAAAUAAACAUUUUGAAAUUAACGUAUUUGAGAGAAAUCUCCGUAUUCAAUGUCAAGACAAAUUAGCUAAUAUCACAGAAGCUACAACACAUUUUUAGAAAGUUAGAUAGCCUAAAAUAAUUUUUUUUUAGGGACAGCCAGUUUUAAAAAGAUUUCUGAAAGUUUCCUUUAUGACAUAGUUAAAAAAAAUCAUAAUUUUUAAUCAUGAUUUAUUCCCACAAAACUGGUUUUCCUCAUACGAAAUAAAAGUAUAUUUAGCUCAGUGAAGGAUUGUAUUACUUAAAUGAACAUCUCCUGGCAAUGCGAUUGAUGAAAAUGAAACCAAUUUAAACCCAACGUUUUGACAGCUACCAAUAAUUUGCCUAUUCCUGGAGCGAGUUCAAAAACCGAUGAAACCAAGAUGGAGCCCUUGCUUGGAAGCCAUGAAACUAUACGGAAUUUAGGUAGGCACAUUUUUCUUUGAAAGUUUGAGGUUUUUUGGUAUAUAUCUUCUGUUUUCAUAUUGUCUUGUAAUAAAUUUUGAAUAUUUUUUGUAAAAACUUAACGAAAUCAUCAAAUUCCAUUUGAUAGAAUGAUAGAACUGGAUAACAAAAUUACGAAUCCAAUGGUAGUUAUAUAGAUAAAAAAAAUUAAAUUGAUUGUCAAAUAUUUCCCAAAGACGAUAAGAAUAAAGUUAUUGAUGAAGGUGACCACGAAACUAAAACAAUUAUUGUCUCUGGUUUGCAAUAAUUCUAUAUUCGUUAAUUUGUAUACAAUAUCUAUUCACUAACAGAUGUAGCAGCAGGACCUGAUGAUUCUCAUGAUAUGACUAUAAGACUUGCCAUACUAGAGGAAGCAGUAUACUCACUCAAAAAGACAACAGAACAAGUUAAAGAAAAAUUAGACACUGUUGAUAAGAUAUUAAAAGAUGUCUCGACUCAACAAGUAAAUGAUAAAGAAAAAGAGGAAAUUUUAACAAAUUCAAAAUUGAAUUCUGAGAAAAAGCUUAAGGAUGAAAUUACGGAACUUGAGAAAAGAUACCAAGACAUUAAAUCAAAUGUUGAGGAUCUGUUUGUAACUGUAACAAAUGUUGAUGUCAAGUUAAACAGAUUCGAAAAUGAAAAUAAAUCUAUCAAUGUCUCAAUGAAUGAACUCAAUGAACAGAUCUCCUCUGUUAGAACUUGUAGCCAUGACGCC